AUGACUGAACCAGACAAUGAAGAUGAGUUGAACCCAUUAUUCGGAGAGGAGAGUCUUCCUCGUGAUCAUCUUGAACGUCGUGCAAUUUUUGCCACUCUGGAGUCUUUCUACCAGUAUCGAAAACAUGAGCACUUCAACACGACCCAUCGAAAGCGUCAGAACCUAUAUGCCCUGCCUUCCUCAGAAUGGAAGAUGUUGGCUGAGCCUCCCUUUUCCAUUCUUGAUACUUUGUCUGCCGUUGACGAUGCCAUCGAUGACAACGCUGAUCUCGCCGAUGAGAUUCUGCUGCAGGGAUUAAGUUCUUUCGGUCUGAACCAGAACCCGCCCAAGAAUUCUGCGUUGGAUUGGAAAGGUUCCGCCAAACCGGGUGACAUAGCCAAGGCAUACUCUACAAUCCGGCAGUUCUAUCGUGACUGGUCUACAGAAGGUUUCAAGUCAGAGGUGGAGCCUCUGUUGAGAAUUGUCCUGUCCGACCUUGAAGCAUAUCUCGCCUCUCAGGAACCAAGAAAGGGGAAUUCUGCAGGGCCUUCGAUUCUCCUUCCUGGUGCUGGUCUAGGUCGCAUCCUAUUUGAACUGUGUAUGAAAGGAUACUGUACAACCGGCAAUGAAAUCUCAUACCAUCAACUAAUCGCCAGCAAUUUUAUCCUCAAUUGCACGCAGCGGUCACACCAGUUUCCAAUCUAUCCCUUUGCCACCAACUUCACCAAUGUCAUCUCUCGAUCCAACCAACUCAAACGUGUCACAAUCCCUGAUGUUCAUCCGGCAACUGCAAUGUCUCAAUGCUCUAAUCCUGGAGAAAUGAACAUGACAGCAGGUGAUUUCGUACUAUCAUACUCCAACGUCGAAUCUAGGGAGACCUUCGAUGCUGUCGUCAGUGUUUUCUUCAUCGACACGGCUCCGAACCUUAUUCGCUACAUUGAGACGGUGUGGAAUUGUCUGAAGAAAGGUGGCUACUGGAUCAACAUCGGUCCGCUGCUGUGGCACUUCGAUAGCCGUGUCCAUGGAAAAGACGACGACGACAAAGACGACGACAAGCAGGACCCAGACCCUGCAGAACAUCCACACACUCAUCCUCACUCUCAUUCCACACAGCACCAACACCACACUCCCGACUCAUCAUCAUUUCAAUCGCAGGCUCAAGAUAAAGGAAUAGGAAACCCCGGAUCAUUCGAACUCAGCGACGAUGAAGUUCUUCACCUGGUCACCAAACUGGGCUUCGAGAUCCAACGACACGAAAUCAUCGACCAUGCUCCAGGGUCCAACGAGUCAUUCGGGUACAUGCAAGACCCGAACAGCCUGCUACAGAACCGUUAUCGGUGUAGUCACUGGGUUGCGAAGAAAGGUGGAUGA